GGUCCGAGGUCUGGGUGUCCCCCGCUUAAGGCGAUCCCAGGUUCCCGGCCCGCAGCCGACUGCCCGGUGGCUCGGCAGCGCGCGAGCUCGUCCCCACGGCUGCGAGGAGGGUUCCCCCAGACCGAGGCGCGGAAACGGGGUGCCCCGGCCUCCCGCCCGCUGCCCUCCCGUUCUUUGCGGUCGCGAUCGCCGUGCAACCGGCGCGAUGGGUGCCAACGAGGACCAGGAGAUGGAACUAGAAGCUUUACGUUCUAUUUAUGAAGGAGAUGACAGUUUCCGGGAAUUAAGUCCAGUUUCAUUUCAAUACAGGAUAGGUGAAGACGGCGAUCCUAAAGCCUUCCUGAUAGAGAUUUCCUGGACCGAGACAUAUCCGCAAACGCCUCCGGUUAUAUCUAUGAACGCGUUUUUUAACAACACGAUCUCCCCGGCUGUGAAGCAGAGUAUCUUAGCCAAACUGCAGGAAGCGGUGGAAGUGAACCUUGGCACCGCCAUGACCUACACUUUGUUCGAGUACGCGAAGGACAAUAAGGAGCAGUUCAUGGAGAACCACCAUCCUGGGAAUUCUUCGACACCCAUAGCCAAAAUCAUCUCGGUUGAGACUCCCAGCACAGCCACAUCAAGUAAGAAAAAAGACAAGAAAGAACAACUUUCCAAAGCACAGAAGCGCAAGCUGGCGGAUAAAACAGAUCACAAAGGCGAGCUUCCUCGAGGCUGGAACUGGGUUGACGUCGUGAAGGUGCGCUGGGUUCGUAAAGGUGCUUGUGAAGGCCACAGGAAGGUGUCAGAGCCCCUGGACCUAGAGCCAGAGUUGGUUGUGAGCUGCCCGCCAGCAAAAUCCUGCGCCCCGGGGAAGCGCUCCGGAACUUCCCAACGCUGCGGAAGACCUGUACUGAUUGUACAGCGCUCCCGACCUGAGCUGAGCCUGAGUCAUUCUGCCCAGGUCACGCUUUACCGCCGGACACCGCUUUGCUACCGUGUUGAGUGA